AUGAUCUGUACAUUUCAUUAUUCCAUUUCUGUUUCUCAUGAAUCCCUUAAUCUAGGAAGAUUUCAUUAUGUUAAGGACUACUUUUUGCUUUCCAAAAUUACUCUCAGGUUUUCUUGUCAAGAAGUAGUACUAAGAGUUGCAAGAAGACAUGACAAAUAUGAUCAUGUUGAUCAAUCAGAUUCAAGAUUUGUAGCUGAAUGA